ACAGUGGGUCAUUAUGGUAGCGAAACAGCGGUUAGCUACAGUGUGGGUGCAUAACAUUUGGCCAGCGGUGAAUUAACUAAUCGUCCUUCUGAGGACACGAUCCGCUGGCAGGCAAACGUCUGUCAGAUAUGGGAGUUAAAUGUCUGCUGUGAACAGCAACUUAACAGGACACUGUAGGUUUUAAUGCUGCCUGGUCCAGUGCUACAAAAGUAGUGGCGCGAGUCCUGCAAAAUGCCCAACUCGGCCGCGAGGGCGAAGAGCGCGAGGCGCGCCCGGAGAGGCCCGAGGGAGGAUCCCGCCAGAAACGAGCUGGUCUCGAGGUCUCUGCAGAGCGCGCAGCAGUGCCUCCUCCACCGCGACUACGGCACCGCCUACGUGCACUACCUGCUCGUGCUGCACCUGGCGCCGCUCCUGAAGCACGUGGCCGCUGACUCCUUCAGGUUCACGCUGUUCAAGUGGGCCUCUGAGCUGGACUCCCUUGGGCGCAUUCAGGACCUCUUUAACUGCUACGAACAAGCCCUCGAGUUGUUUCCGGACGAUGAGGUGAUAGUCAACAGCAUGGGCGAGCACCUCUUCAGGAUGGGAUUCCGGGACGAGGCCGCAGCGCAGUUCCACAGAGCCCUCAAACUACGGCCGGACUUCCCGGAGGCUAGGGAGAACUUCUACCGCGUGUCCAACUGGCUGGUGGAGCGCUGGCAUUUCCUCAUGCUCAACGAUCGUGGACGCAACCGCAAAUACCAGCUGGCCAUCCAGCGGGCAGUGCGGGAGGGCUGUAGCACCGUGCUGGACAUCGGAACUGGCACAGGCAUCCUCGGGAUGUGUGCACAGAAGACUGGGGCCAGUGAGGUCUUUGCCUGCGAGCUGUCUAAGACCAUGUACGAACUGGCACGUGAGGUGGUCUCGGCCAAUGGUAUGGCGGAUAGCAUCAAGAUUCUACACAAGAAAUCGCUGGACAUGGAAGUUCCCAAAGAUAUUCCGACCAGGGUGUCGCUGGUAGUGACAGAAACCGUGGACGCGGGGCUGCUCGGAGAGAGCAUUGUGGAGAGUUUGAUCCAUGCCUGGAGGCACCUGCUUCUGCCUCCACCUACGGGUCGAGUCAUACCUGCCAGUGCCACUGUGUUCACCAUGGCUGUCGAAUGCCAAGACAUUCGCCGACAUCACAGACUGUGUGUGUCUGCAGUGGGGGGGCUGGACCUGACCGCAGCAGGGGAGAUCCGUAGUCCUGUGAACAGUUCUGCAGCGGUAGGAGAGGUUUCGGAGCCGUACACCACAGAGAGGUUGAGCCGUGCCCGGGGGGGCUUCACUGCCCUCACGCCACCCUGCAGGCUGCUGGAUCUCAACUUCAAUAACCUGCAGGAGCUGGAAGGUCUGUGCUCCAGGGAGACGAGCCAGCUGCGUGUGCAGGUGCUGGAGGAGGGCGUGCUGGACGCGCUGGCUGUGUGGUUCCAGCUGCACCUGGACCAAGACAACAGCAUCUCCACUGGCCCACACGAGGACACCUGCUGGGAGCAAGCCAUCUACCCCGUGCAGAGCCCACGCCACUUCAGGGUGCAGCGUAACGAUGAAAUUCUGGUGGAUGUCUCGUGCCAAGAUGCUUACCUGAGACUCUGCUGCGUUGCCGUGGUGAGAGACGGCCAGACAUUCCGUCUUGACAGGGUGGAAAGAAGCGUGUCGGUGGCGUGUGCCCAGAGCGCUGAGGUGGAACUGUGCAGUGCGCUGGCCAGCCUGCACACUAGCCCGGACACGCCACUCCGCCCCUUCACGCUGGAGAGUUCGGAAAUUGCCCUGCUCAACAACGUCUCGUAUCAUAGCAACUUCCGGCUAGCUCUGGACUCACUCCUCACCUCUCUCAGGUCGGCUCGGGGGUCACAGGGGUCAGAGGUUGCAAGCGGACGUUCCCCGGAGCCGUUCUACGUGCUGGAUGUGUCAGAGGGCUUCUCUGUGCUCUCUCUGAUGGCGGCCCAAGCGGGGUCGGACUCCACCAGCUCCUGCUCGGUGCGUGCCUACAGCUCAGUGGAAAAGGAGCAGCACCAGGUUCUCCUUCGGCUUCUGGCCCGGGCCAAUGGGGUGGAUGAGAGUGUGCUGGAGUUCUGGCUCACGCACGUGGAGGAUGACUCUGCGGUGUUCCAACGACCCACCUCUGAGAAGCUCUGGAGCGCCAUCGUGCUAGACUGCAUCGAGCCGUGCGGCCUGACCAGGCAGGGCAUGAUGGAGAAGGCCACCUUGGCCAGGUGUCUCUUGGAGGAUGGUGGGCGCAUUUUCCCAGAGCGCAUUGCGGUUCACGGGUUGCUGGUGGAAUCGGACAUGUUGCUGCAGGAGAGUGCUGUGCAGGGCGUAGAACCCACGCUGGGAUUCAACAUCGCACCCUUCAUCAACCAGUUCACGGUACCUGUCCAUGUGUUUUUGGACCUGAGCACCCUGGAGUGCAGACACCUCAGUGAGCCUGUGCAGCUGUUUGUCCUCGACCUCAUGAACAACAGCGCCAACUACACCAGCACAAACGUCAGGGUACAGGUCAGUGCCUCUGGCAGAGUGACUGCUGUCCCCUUCUGGUACCAGAUCUACCUGGAUACAGAUGUUAGCGUCAGCACCUUCUGUGAGGACUCGCACUGGAAACAAGCGGCUGUGGUCCUGCAGCAUCCACUGUCGGUCCGCGCUGGGGACUGGGUCCGGCUCAGUGUUCGGCUUCAUAAGAGCAGUAUGUCUAUUUCAGCCCUUAAAGAGACAGGAGGGUCCCCAGCUGACACCACCGUCACGGAGGGGCCCGUGAUCAGUACCGCGUAAAGGGGCGUGAGGCCCGUUGCCAUGGCACCUCCAUAUUCAUUGUGUUUAACUUUUUUUUUUUUUUUAAAUUCUCCAUUAAUAUACAACAAAUCCAUUUAAAUGUGUUGUUUAUAAUGGACUGUGUACAUUCAGAUCAUUAAACAGGCAAGCCAUGACCAAUUAUA